UUUAUCUAUUAAUUAUUAUAUUACUAGACGGCGGAAAUUAUAUCAUUAACAAACUUUAUUGACAGGGUAGUGUUGUUGGCACAUUCGCUCAUUUCAAGAAUUUCUUUGUUUCUCACCAGACAUAUUUCAGCAUAAUGGCCUCUGCAAAGCAACAUCUGAUAGACAGUCUGAUAUGUCCAAUCUGCAUGGGUCUUCUCACCAAGCCAAAGCUUCUACCUUGCUCACACACAUUCUGCGAAGAUUGUUUAACCCUGGUCCACUCUGCUCAAACUCAAGCUACAGAUCUGAUACCGUGCCCUGUGUGUCGCUCUGAUGCACCUGUGUACAACAAUAACGUAUCCAACUUUCCAACCAAUCGAAUUGCCCAGUCCCUUGCAGAAAAUUUCAAAGAGGGAUCGGACAUGAAGAGAACGACCGAUUCAACGGAUGGCACUUCUUCGGGCCAACGUUGCACUUUGUGUGAUGCCGAUGAUCAAGGACUUGCUACCUUCUACUGUCAGCAUUGUUCAGAAUUCCUCUGCGAUUAUUGUCUUAAGCAGCACAAACGGUUUAAGAAGAAUGUCUUCCACGAGCUCGUUAGUGCUAGAGACAUCGCAUCAGGGGAAAUCAGAAUCCAACUUGCUUGUCCAGAACAUCCUCAAGAACUGCAGCAGUUCGUGUGUAUCACAUGUCUGGUUCGGAUCUGUUGUAGGUGUUUGGAAGUGGGUCAUCAGCCUGGCGGGCAUGAGGUCAUCGGAAUUGAAGAGUAUGAAGAGAGCCACAAAGCAGCAGUUGAUCUUUUGCAGGAGAAAAUAGAACAGAAAACUGCCGUGAUACAGAGCCACUUGUCCUUUGUGAAGGAGAAGAUUGGCAUGGUUCAAACUAUCAUCGGUAAACGUAGGCAAGAAAUCGAGAAUGUUUUUGAGUGCGCUCUAAAACGAAUCCGAAAGAGGAAAGAUCAACUGCUUGAAGAGUGCAACGCCUAUGAAAGGUCGCUCUGCAAAGACCUUGAAAGAAUCAUCCAGUGUAACGAUGACUUCCUUCAGAACCUAUCACUCAAGGUUUCUGUAGUUACCAAAGAGUCUAUUUCUCAAAGCUCAGAACAGUCGCUGCUUGAGCGUGUCGCACGAGUUGAUGAGCUUGAAGCUCUCGUAAAAGGAGACAACCCUGAUGCAUCUCUUGCUGAAUCUAUAGCUCUCCGUGCAGAAUUCCUGACCUUCCACCAAGCUGCAGAGUCCAAGGGUCUUGACCUUGGAACUGUUCAGGUCAAGGAGUGGGAGCUUCGAGAAACAGUAAGUUUUGAUGGAGGUGUGACCUGUUUGGCUGCGACACCAGAAAGACAUUUGGCUAUUGCAACAAGGAAUGGAGAUAUCAGAGAAAAUGCGUCCCUGUUGCAGCUUGUGACCAAGUUCAAGAGAGUCAUACGAGGAGAGGAGGAGUAG